AUGCUGUUCUAUCAGACUCUGCUUAAUGGUAAAACACCUGCGAUUCUUUUUCUGAGUCAUUGUGAAUCCGAUGAACCAAUGAACAAAUGGAUAACAAACGAAGAAAAUAAAACUGCACUGGCGCCUUAUGGUUUUUCUGAUGUUGUAUGUGGUACUGCUCAGGAAGGUGGUCGAUUUGCUCAACUUAUUGAACCAUUACGAAGCGCUUUAACAAUUCAAAUUGAAGAAUAUAAUGAUGCGCUUUUAUAUUGUAAAAAAGCAUUAGAAUCAUUUGAAAAACAUUUUUCUGCUGACCAUCGUUACAUUGCAAAUUGUUAUUGUAAUAUAGGUGUUAUCUAUUGCAAAUUAAAACAGUACGAUUUAGCGUUAUCCUAUUAUGAAAAACAACUAAAUAUUCAAUUAAAAACAUUACCAGCUUAUCAUUUUGAAUUCGGCGUAACAUAUUUAAAUAUUGGUGAAAUAUAUGAAGCACGCAGUGAGUUUGAUUUAGCAUUAUCAUUUUAUUCGAAAGCAAACGAAAUUUUUCAAAAAGUAUCACUUUUACCGACACAUGAAGCUGUAAUAGAAUUACAACAACAUGUUCAAUCAACAAAUGAAAAAAUAUCACAUGAAUAA